UUUGGACUUGUCUUUGCUGAUCACGGUGACUCUGCAAAAACAAGUGAUUUCUCACAGGGAUGAUAUCACCACUGAAGAGUAUGAUGGACAGCCAGGUCCUCCAAUCAUUUGCUACUUAUGCCACUAUUGUCGUCCUGAAGAUGAUGCUCAUGUCACCUUUGACCUCUUACUUCCGCCUCACAAGAAAGGUGUUUGCGAACCUGGAAGACACCAAGUUUGUUUCGUCAGCUGAGGACAAGAAACUGGUCCGCACAGAUCCUGAUGUGGAGAGAGUCCGCAGGUGUCACCAGAACGACCUGGAGAACGUUAUUCCCUUCGUGGUGGUCGGCCUGCUCUACGCCCUGACUGAACCUGAGCUUUCAACCGCUCUGCUU